AAUGAAGUAGGAAGCCAGAAGAGCAGGUGACAAAAAGGAGGAGGUCUGAUGAGAAGCGAAGGACAAAUGGUGGGGCAUUGACUGGAGGAAGCGUCUGAAGCAGAGAAGCAGCCGCAGCUGGUGGCUGACUGGAGGAUGGCACUGAGGCAGAAUCAAAAGAUGACUCGACAGAGCAGUUGCGUCAGGGACUUGAGUUGAUUGGAGGCUAACGUCGUGGCAGAGGAGCUCGAGUUUGGGCUAUAAAGAGGGUUGUUCUGGUUUGAGAGAAGGUGGAAAAGAAAUUGAGAGUUGGAGGAGUGGGAAGCAGACAAUCGGGGUAGGGAUUUCGGAGACAAACAGAAGGAGGAAUCAGAGGAUAAAAUCUGAGAGAGGACGAACGGAAAAGUCGAAACCAGGAGAGGGAUUAAAAGGAGAGAAUCGAGGCUUAGGCAUUUCAGAGGUUAAGAGAGGGAAAAAAACAAAAGGAGGUGGGGGGAAAGGUUUGGUUGGGAAAUUUGAGGAGUCUUAGCUUCAGAGGGAGAGUAGAAGAGGAGAGUGGAAGGGGAGUUGACUGGGAAGAGAAAGAGACAGAAACUCGAAGAGCGAGAAUCGGGGCUUAGGCAUUUCAGAGGUUAAGAGAGGGAAAAAAAACAAAAAACAAAAGGAGGUGGGGGGAAGGGUUUGGUUGGGAAAUUUGAGGAGUCUUUGCUUCAUAGGAAGAGUAGAAGAGGAGAGUAGAAGGGGAGUUGAUGGGGGAAGAGAAAGAGACAGAAACUCGAAGAAAGAGAAUCGGGAGAUAGAGAGGAGAAAAGAGAGGGCUUCCGGUGGAGGCGAACCAGAGGGAAGAAGGGCAGACUAUAUUCAAACUAAACGGUUUGUGUACCAUUGCUGGAUUAGGAUCUGCAUAUGGAAACUUAUUGGUAUUACGCUCCAAGGUUUUGCUACCUUGGUACUCAGUAGGAUCAAUGACGACUUUCUCUUAUGUUGGAUGAAGGACUUUGUUAAUUUUUUGGGGAUAUCAUAAAAUAGGGUGAAUAGAAGUUAGUUAGUGGAGACAUAAACAAAGUUUUUAAUGUGUUUUUGAUACAAGAGAUUUUGGAAAGUUAUACUUGGGGAGUGCUGGAAUCAAGGCCCAGAGAAAGCAAAGGGAAGCUCCAUUUGUGGCUGUAUAUUGGAAGCAGAAGGGAUAACAAAGAAAAGAAAUAGGAGAACAAGGAGCGGCAAGCUUGAUUGAAUAAACUUAUUCUCUAGAGGAUUCUUAUAGAUCUGUCCUUCACAAUAUGGCCUCCAGGAUUGCCCAAAUCCGUCUUGUCAGUUCCCAUCCUGAGGUUUAUGAACCUUGUGAUGAUUCAUUUGCACUUGUGGAUGCACUUCUAGCUGACCGAACUAACCUCAUAGAGCACCGUCCAAGAUUGUGCAUGGAAGUGGGUUGUGGUAGUGGAUAUGUUAUCACUUCUCUGGCUCUUAUAUUGGGGCAAGAGGUUCCAGAAGCAUAUUACAUCGCCACUGAUAUUAACCCUUUUGCUGUCAAAGUAACUCAUGAGACACUGCAAGCACAUGGAGUUCAUGCGGAGUUAAUAUGCACUGACAUUGCAUCUGGUUUGGAGGAACGCCUGGCUGGCUCAGUUGAUGUUAUGGUCGUGAACCCACCAUAUGUGCCAACACCCGAAGAUGAAGUUGGUCGUGGAGGAAUUGUAUCUGCAUGGGCAGGAGGCGAAAAUGGCAGGAGCGUUAUUGAUAAGAUAUUACCCAUUGUUGACCAUCUUCUAUCAGAGAAAGGCUGGUUGUAUUUGGUUACACUAACUACAAAUAAUCCAUCGGAGAUAUGUCUCCAAAUGAGAGAAAAGGGGUACGCAGCGAGAAUUGUUGUUCAAAGAUCAACAGAGGAAGAGAACCUGCAUAUCAUCAAGUUCUGGCGGGAUUUGGAUUCUAAAAUAAAGGAAAAGGAAACGCACUCUUCAGGAUUCUUGGGUUCGCUAGUGUCGCAAUUUCCUAGUUUAUCAUUGUGGAGAAGUACCAGUGGUAACUGAAACUGAGAUCUUGUUGCAUACAAGAAGUUAUUUGCAUUAAUUUCUGUAUAUAUGUAGUUUCUUUUCAUAACUCCACAUGCUCUCUCAAGUAUUAGAUGCUACUUAUAUUGCCAGAAAAUGAGCAAAGUUUUUGCUUUUGUUUUUGUUCCCAA